AUGUUCAAACAACAGGACAUAAUUUCUGUGGACAUCGCUUCCCAACAUGAGGCCAAUAAUCCGGAAAUUGAUCAUGGGAUGGAAGAAGAUGUGGAAAAACUGCCAUCGUCAGAAAAAGUUCAGGCAGGUGUGCAAAGAGCCGAUCUAUUACGGAAGGCAUGGACCAAGCAAGGUCUCGUUAUCGUUUUCACAGGUCUCUUCCUGUGUACUUUGGCGAUAAACUUUGCCGACUAUUCAACACAGGUUUAUUCCGCAUAUACCACAAGUGCCUUCAAACAGCAUUCGGCAAUGAGUGCUGCUAAAGUGGUGAAUAAUAUUGCUCGUAUCUCUGCAUACCCUAUCAUAGCCAAAUUAGGUGAUGUGUUUGGAAGAGCCGAGAUGUUCAUUCUAUCCAUAGCAGCGUCCGCUCUUGGUUAUGUGAUAUACGCUGCGUGCGAGAACAUCGCACAAUACAUGGCCGCAGGAAUAUUUGAAGCUAUUGGGUCGACUGGAUUUGCUUUGACACAGCAGGUAUUCGUAGCGGAUAUGACUUCUUUGGUGAAUCGCGGUAUCUGGUCAACACUUCCUGAUUCGCUUACGACCGUUCCAACUCUAUACCUUGGCUCUAUUGUGGGGGAGCAGAUUCUGAAUCACUCUACAUGGCGCUGGGGAUGGGGAAUGUGGGCUAUCAUUCUGCCAGUGGCCUCACUGCCACUGAUAUGCACUAUGCUUUUCUACCAACGCCGGGUUCCGCUGUUGAAACAGACAACAAGUCUUCUGGGCUUCAACCCUUCUCAAUCCUGGUUGCAGAAGGCGUACCAGCUAUUAUGGGUUCAAUUAGAUCUACCGGGCGCGAUUUUGCUUCUAGCAGGAUUGUCAUUGUUAUUAGUUCCCCUCUCACUAACGGGCUCCACUAACAGCAGCCUGUGGACUCGCGGGUCAUUCAUUGCAAUGAUAGUUCUCGGCGUGGUUUUCUUGAUUUUAUUUGGGAUUUGGGAUGCAUGGUUCGCAAAAGAACCUUUUGUUCCAUACCGAAUGAUCAGAAAUCGUACCGUGGCGGCGGCCUGUCUACUUGGUUUGCUAGAUUUCUUUCACUACUCGGUGUUCACAGUUUUCUUUUCCAGCUAUCUUCAAGUGGCAGGGCAUUUCUCAGCUGGUGCAGCAACAAGAAUUGACAACUCACUUCGCGUCGCAUUCCAAGUCGCCGGUAUAUUUGCUGCUUUCUUCAUGAAGUACACAAAGCGAUCUCAGAUCUUUGUUAUCUUCGGUGUCUGCCUCUGUGUGCUUGGAAUGGGUGUCCUGCUCUACCUUGUAGAUAUGGACGGUCAUGUGGGAAAUGAGGCAUCCUUGGUAACCGCAAAGUCUCUCAUUGGCAUCGGCCGUGGAUUUUAUCAGACUGCGGCCCAGGUUUCCGUUCAAGCGGUUGUUUCACGCCAGGAAGUAUCUGUGGUGACAGCAGUAUUCUUUGCAUCAAUGAGCGUAGGUGGCGCUAUCGGAACCAGCGUGGCGGGUGCAAUUUGGCGCAAUACUCUGCCAAAUAAACUCCAACAAUACCUCCCAGAAGACCUGAAAGACCAAGCCAACGCCAUUUUUGGAUCGAUUGUGGUCGCGCAAAAAUACGCCGAAGGGACAGAGGCUAGAAUUGCAAUUGACAAGAGCUAUCGAGAGUCGCAAAGACUAUUGGCAAUUGGUGCUCUGGUGUCCUUGUCCCUUAUGCUCCUCGUUAUGCCUUUCCUGAAGAAUGUCAAACUCAAUGAGGAUAAAAGUGUGGCUGCCAAUGAUGAGACUUCGGAUGAAACAAAAGAAUGA